AUGGAUACACCACAAACAAGCUUCGGGGCGCUGACGAAGCAAGACGAGGAGAGAAGAUUCUUGCCGAAUGUGAAGCUGAAGCUCUUCCUGGUUCUAGGAUUUAAUCCUCAGACUGCAAAUCGGUUUUUAUCCAAGGCGCAAGCGAAAAAGUUCUACUAUUUGUGGCUUAACAAAAUGGCAGCCAGGAAGCCUCGCACGAAGGCUUGA